AUGAAAAAAUUCUCGAAUGAUUAUUCUACCACCCGAACGAUAAACAUAGAAUGGGAUUUAAUGCAAGAACUCGUAUCACGUUGGAAAUGUAAUGCUUCAAACUCACAAACAACAGGCAGUCACCGAGACUUUACUGUUGAUGUUGUCAAGAACAUCGAAAAAGUCAUUUUGUUUUUAAACGCGUUCCAUGAGAAACUACUUUGCUGUCAAACUCCUCAGGAAUGCGCGUCCAAAUUUCCCAAAGGUGGGACAUUAUUAACAGACCUAGUGCACAUUCGAAUCCUUGUGCUUCAUCCGAUCGUAUGCAAUCUGCUUGUAAAGUGCAUUGUAGAAUACUCAAAAUUCUUUACGGAAUUUUCUCAGAAUUUAGGAAGUUCAACUAGAAUACAAUCAUUUUUUCUUCGUCACAUUCCAAAGGAAUAUACCGACAGAUCCUCGGAAUUACUGUCAAAAUCUUGUGGCGUAGAGGUUUCCGACUUUUCUUGCUUGAUGGUUGACGAAUCAGUCGCGACAAUCAGAGAAUUUUUAGAAACAGUGAACAAGGAAUCGUUGAUGGUACCGUCUCAAUGCCUAAUAGAAAUCUCGGAUCAAUGCUUACCAUUAUUAGAGGAUCUUUCGAUGUCAAGCUUGAUCGAUUGCAUAAUUUUCACUGCAACUAGAUAUAGUUUAAAUCGUACCUCUUGUUCCGAUAAUGAUGAGACGCUUUCAUACAAAUUUGUGGAAAAACUAUUAUUCACCAAUUCUUCGAUGUUUGAUAAAUUAAGUGUCGAGGCGAAAUCCGGAUUGUGGGCAUCUUAUCCAAUUGCAGUGGAAAACGAGAUUAUGAGAAUUUUUGGUGAAAUACUUUUUCCCGAGAACAAUGAAUAUAUGACACCAAACGAUAUCAAGAACGUUAUGCAGAAUCAACUAUUCUUUGAGAGAUUGAUUGUGCAUCCAAAAAUUUGUCACGUGUGUUUCGAUGUGCUAACAAAUCUGAUAGACGAAUCCCAAGAUUGGCGUACCUUUCGUUUAGUAAGAUACAUGAUACAACUCAUUUUUGAUUGCUGCAUACAAAAUGGCUAUGGUCCUUUAACCAUGUACCUGCCGCAAUCAUUUUCGAAAAUUGUAUCUAUUCUCACAGAUGAAAUCGUCGGGCCGCAUAAUUUUUCAGCAAUCAAUUGUAGUCUGAAUCAAUUUUUGUUGGACAAAAAACCAUCGGAUUUUGACAUGUACAAGAAAAAAGAAUGGAUAAUUUUGAUGUCAUUUCCAAAGUGGCAUUAUUGGAUAAUAGAAUCGAUCUUCGAUGUGAUACUUUAUCCUGACAUUAAGGUGUUGGAAGAUCCAAUACAUUACUUAACAUGGCUGAUGUAUCCGAGUGGUAACGGGGCCGCGGUUACUCUUAAAAAUACAUUAAUGGAUAUCAUCGAUUACAUAAGAGAAUGUCUAUCAGAUCUCCAUGAUGUGAAUAAGAAAAUUCUAUUGUUUCUGAAUCGAAAUCGACAUAUUUUUGAAAAUCACUUGAUCUUAGUCGACAUUAUUUUAGGAAUAUGGAAGACGACAAAUUCUAUCA